AAAUAUAAUUGAUAUAUUUUAGCAUUUUUAUAAUUUCAAUUUAAUUUUUUUUAUUGAAUUUUUUUAUUUUUGUAUUUAUAUUGUUUUGGAAAAAAAAAUAAUUUAUCCUCCCGCAAACGCCCGCAACCGCAAAUGCUAGGUGGAACCAGCUUUGAAUUUAUGAGGUUCAGAGCGAUUUGGAGCGAUUUGGAGCGGUUUAGAGCGGUUUGAACGAUUGUUGCAAAACACCAGCAACCGCCACCAACCGCAAAAGCUGCGUUUGCGGGUGGUAGCGGGAAAACCAGUCUUACUCUUAAUCAAGUUUUCCGCAUCCUUAUUGUGUGUUCUCUUUAUUCAAGUUCUCUGUAUAAAUGGUUUUUUUUUCUUCGCAUCCUUUCAGUAUACUAUAUGUUAAAGUUCUCUAUAUGAUACUGAAUUGUAAAAGCAUUAGUCAUCUGAUAGGAACAUCGAGAGUCAAGAUCUAAAACAUUAAGACCUGCUGUUGGUUUUUCCUUUUCCGCGUAAAUCCAAUCUUGAUACACACAUAAAUAACCAUGAAGAUUGAUCCACUUUUCAUUCGAGCAGAGCAAAUGCACUUUUUAGUCAACAUCCAUUUUUAAAGAUCAAGUGGUGGUCGAGUUCUAGUCGCUCUGAAAAGGCAGAGCAAAGGUACUUGUUGAUUGUAUUAAACUUAAGAGUACCUUAGACCUGAAUUUUUAAUGCCAAAUAAAUAUAAUCAAACCAAACGAACCAUACUAUAUUAAAAUUGUAAAUUAAAUUAAAUAUAUACAAAACUACGUUUAGAUUAAAAUAAAUUAUUUAUAUAUUAUUCACUCCCUAACAAUAAUUAAAAUAAAAUUCAAACCAAACUGAAAAUUUUGAAACCAAAUCAAUAAAAAAAUAUAAUCCUAAUUCGGGUCUACUUUUCAAAAUUCAGAAAACUCAAAACCGGUAUAAAUUUCUAACCAAACCGAACCAAUUAGAAGGAAAAUACUGAUGGCACCUUCCGCUGAUGUGUUUCACUUAAAACAGUGUGCGUUUCGUUUGGCGGUUGUUCUGCAACUUCCUCAUCUUCUUACAACUAUUGUACCGCCUUCUAUCUUUUUCUAUUUUUCUCGUCCAUGUAACUCUUUCUGAUUUCUAUUGAUUUUAAUUUUUAAUAAGUUUAUUUUAAAAUUUUCUGAAUUAAUCAUUCAUCUGAGAAGGUGAACUCCGCAUCUCAAUCAGAGCCAGCUCUAAAAUUUAUGGGAUCUGAACAAAUUAGGGUAUAAAAGAUAGAUGAUGUAUAAAUAUACAUGUUUUGGAUAGUUUAGAACUCGAAUAAUUUGUACUCAUAUGUUUUUGAGUUCUCACAUAUACUAGUUCAACUUUUUUGGUUUCACUAUUAAAAAAAAAUAUCUUAAAUUUUAAUUUAAAUACUUUCAUGAUUAACUAUUUUCCAUAGUAAUAGUCAAACAAAAUUUGGUAAACAUAAAUAAUUUUAUCGAAGUUCCCUUUUUUUUUGAAACACAGAAGUUCGAUGCAAUUAAUUAUUUUUAUUAAAUUUUGACUAACCAUUAUUAUGGAAAAUAGUUAAUCAUAAUUAAUUCAUCGAAGUUCACAAUUUAGAAUCAUUACCUAAUAAAAAAUGUAUUCAAAGUAAACGUUUGAAUAAUUUCUUUCUAAAACAUAAAUCAUUUUGAACCGGAUGUAAUAUAUAUUAAACAUUAAAAGUUUGUGAGCCAAAACAGAUUUUUCAUCUGGUUGUUCAUAAGAUUUUUCAUCUGGUUGUUCAUAAGAACUGGCAUUAGGUGAACUUAUCUCUUUACAAAGACAUUUUGUAAGCACUAAUAAUUAAAUGGUUAAUUUGGUUUCAUUUCUCUUGUUGGUUUUUAAUUUUUUUGAUAUUAUUUAUAGAUUUGUUUUUAUGUGUUAUUGUGAUACUUCUUCUAAUCAUUUUAUUUUAAUUGUAACUGCCCUUUCAAUUUCUUUUAUACCUCAAUUGAGGAAAAAGAUAUUGAGUUGUCAUUGUGAUUGGUAUGUAAUCUGCAUUUUUUGUUUUCCUUAUCUAUAAAAUGAAUACUAAGCCUAUGUGUCUCAUUAUUCCCUGAUAUAUUAUUUUGGAAAUUGGAUAUUGGGCUAGGGUUCUUUGAUCCUUUGGUUGCUAACAUCUUUGUAUUUCUCAGUUUGUAGAAGGGUCAUCUGGUUUUGUGGAGUGAAUUGAUUGAUUUCAAUUCAAUGGUUCUUACAGCAGAAUCUCGGAUCAAAGAGGGAAAGGAGGAGACCAAUGUAGGACCUUCUAAUACCCCCCGUCAUCCAGAGGUUCUUGCUAGAUGGGAUCCAGCUAAAGCGCGGAGGCCAGACAUUGCUGAAGCGCCAGUAUUCUACCCUUCAUUAGAGGAGUUUGAAGAUACAGUUGCUUACAUAGAAAAAAUACGUCCCUUAGCUGAACCAUAUGGUAUUUGCCGUAUCGUACCACCCUUGAAAUGGUCUCCUCCUUUUCGGCUUAGAGAGAAAAGUAUAUGGGAGGGUAUAAAGUUCCCCACCCGGGUUCAGAACGUGGAGCUGCUUCAGAACAGAGGGCCCGUGAUGAAGAAGAAGAAGAAACCUAAGGCAAGAAAACGGAAACGAAGUUCCUCCUCCAAGGGACAACCUAGCUCAGUUUCAUCUCCCGAGGAAGAAAAGGUAUUUGGUUUCAACUCUGGCCCAGACUUCACUCUUGAGGAGUUUGAGAAGUACGCUCGGUGUUUCAAGGAAUCCUAUUUCGAAAUGAAAGAAGGAAAUGCUGGCGAUACGAAAUGGUCUCCCUCCAUCGAGGAAAUCGAAGGAGAGUAUUGGCGGAUAGUUGAGCACGCAGCGGCGGAUGAAGACGUCGAGGUAUAUUAUGGAGCUGACUUAGAGAACAAGGUUCUUGGAAGUGGAUUCGAGAGAGGAGAAACUUCUGGUUGGGACCUUAACAACUUGCGUCGUCUCUCGGGCUCUUUGCUAUCAUUCGAGCGUGGAGACAUCUCGGGCGUUCUCGUGCCAUGGGUCUAUGUUGGGAUGUGUUUUUCAACCUUUUGCUGGCAUGUGGAGGACCAUCACUUAUACUCAAUAAACUAUAAUCACUUUGGCGAGCCAAAAGUGUGGUACGGAGUUCCUGGAACCCAUGCAACGUCACUAGAGAAGGCCAUGAGGAAACAUUUACCAGAGCUUUUCGAGGAAACACCUGAUCUACUCCAUGGACUCGUCACUCAGUUCUCACCAUCCAUUUUGAAAGACGAGGGAGUCCCGGUUUAUCGUGCGGUUCAGCGUGCAGGAGAGUAUGUUCUCACAUUCCCUAGGGCGUAUCACGCCGGUUUCAACUCCGGUUUCAACUGUGCAGAAGCUGUGAACGUCGCUACCGUUGACUGGUUAUCUCACGGACAGAACGCUGUGGAGUUAUUGAGUGAUGAGAACAAGAAAACGUCUGUGUCUCAUGACAAGCUUCUCCUUGGAGCAGCUUACGAAGCUGUUAGGUCCUUGUCAGGUGAUGGGGGAGAGAGUGGAAAGAGCUUAGAAUGGAGAUGCUUCUGCGACAAGAACAUGACUCUUACUAAGGCGGUGGAGACUCGGUUACGUAUGGAAGAAGCAAGGAUCGAUGCUCUUGGAGGCGGUUUUAGAUUGAUGAAGAUGGAGAAGUACUUUGAUUCGAACUGCGAAAGGGAAUGCGCUAAGUGCUCUUACGACUUGCAUCUCACGGCAUCUGGCUGCAGCAAAUGCUCUCCUGGGGAGUAUGCUUGCACUAAGCACGCUAACGAGCUUUGUUCAUGCGAAGGGAAUGAUCGGUUCGUACUUCUUCGUCACACCGUAGAUGAGCUGAGAUCGUUGGUUAGAGCGUUGGAAGGGGAACCAGAGCAUCUUAAGACUUGGGCUUCCAUGGUUAGAGAAGUUUUUUCAGAGGCUCAGAAGAGAGAACCUAGAGGUUUUGAUCUGAACCUUGAGUUUCAAGUGGAUGGCGAGUUUGAUGAUACUUCAGAGACACGCCAUGAUGAAGCAGAGGAUCUAAAAACUUGGGCUUCCAAGGUUAAAGAACCUAGAGAUUUUGAUCUGAACCUUGAGUAUCAAGUGGAUGACGAGUUUGAUAAUACUUCAGACGCACGCCAUGAUGCAUACAUGUUGAACUUUGCUGCCUCUGUGGAGACUAUAAACCUAGGGUUCUUGGUUUUCCGAGACCUUUGGUCUAACAAGCAUGCGAUAUAUCCAAAAGGGUUCAAGAGUAGGGUUAAGUUCUACAACGUGAAAGAUCCAAUGAGAAUGAGCUAUUACAUAUCUGAGGUUGUAGAUGUAGGACUUUUGGGUCCAUUCUUCACGGUUACUCUGGAGGAAGCUCAUCAAGACGAGAGCUUCUCUGCUGGCUCAGCUCAGGCAUGCUGGGAAAUGGUGUUGCAGAAAGUUAACGAAGAGAUCAAGAAGCGCCAAGAACGUAAUAUUCAUACUUUGGAAAGCAUCAACGGGUUACAAAUGUUUGGUUUUCUCUCCCCGUCUAUAAUUCAGGCCAUUGAGGCUCUUGAUCCGAACCAUCGCCUAGUAGAGUACUGGAACCUUAGGAAACAGGGAGGUUCGUUGGAAGUGUGACUUGAAGAAGAGAUAAAGAUCACCUACCGUUUCUUGUUUUAUUGAUAACUGUUUGUUGUUGGCUUAAUGACUUUUUUUUAGACUUCAAUUAUUUGCUCUGAUCAAGCUUCUGAUGAACCAAAGUCUAACUUUGGUUUUAGAACUUUGAAGCGUUUUCUCUUUGGAGAUCUGAUCAUUGUGAAACUCUGUUUUUGUGGAUCUUUUUUUUCUUUGAACUACAUAUUUGAUGUUUUAGUAGAC